GAGCACAAUUGCAGUCAGUGGAAAUUCAGCCCAGUUAAAAUCAAUCAAACUUGUUUUGGAUAGCACCUUUCAUAGUGCAGGUCAAAGUGCGUUACAAAUGAUUGACAAGAUGAUAAUAAAACAGAAAAAAUAAAAAGUAGACUAAAGCAGUUGGAGACUAAAGCACACGAAAAGUAGAAACUAUAAAUGAAACAAUCAAACCAAUAAAAUAAGACAAUAACUUAGAAACAGACCAAUAGGCCUACAUCAGCACCUUUAUGAUGUACAGUAUUACCUUCUGAAAGGUGUAAUUUGAUGAUCUCAAAAUGUUCUGUUUAUUUCAGUAUCUCAGUUGCUUCAUUUGCAAUGCUUUGAAACGUUUUAAAUUCAUCUGAACCAGUGAAUCUGGUGGGAACAGACUUUAAAUGAACUGCCAAGUGGUCUCAGGUGUGCGGUCAUCGCUUAUUAUAAAACCGCUGAGGCGCAUCUCAGCCAAUCAAAGCUGAGAACCGGAAAAUCCAUUUUUAUAAGCGUCAGUUCAGUGUAUGAACCACGAGAUGGCGCUGAUAGACUGUGCUCCGAGGCCACUGGUCCCUGGGUACGGUGCGCUCUGUGCGGCCCCCGAUGGAGCCAGCGGAUUACAAACUCCAGUUAAGUGGCGCACCGUCCUCCUCCUCCCCAUCUUUCACCGAGUAAACCCAGGCGCACGGAGCGCAUCCUCACCGUGCAUCCUCGCCCUGUGGAGGGGAAUCAGCUCGUCUGUCAGCGCCAAACCGGUCGAGCUCUGCAGGUUAGAGGAUUGAGAAAACAUAUAGAGAGUGAGGAGAAGGAGAUGGGUCCGGAGGCGGUGAGGCAUCCGUGAUUGUCAAGUAAACGGCGGUGAAGUUCUUCGGCUCCGCUCGGAUCUUUUCUCCAGGUCGUUGAGUGCGUGAUUGUGUUUUCAGCAUGAGUAACAUCUAUGAGUCUGCAGAGGCCACGCUGGGCUUCAUCAGCUCUCCAUGCCUGACCAAAGUGGAGCUGAGAGUGGCCUGCCGGGGAAUCUCGGACCGCGACGCCCUCUCUAAACCCGACCCUUGUGUGGUGCUGAAGAUGCAGUCACACGGCCAAUGGUUUGAGGUGGACCGUACAGAGGUGAUCCGCAGCAGUAGCGGCCCAGUAUUCUCCAAGAUCUUCCUGGUGGAUUACUACUUUGAGGAGGUCCAAAGGCUUCGCUUAGAGCUUCAUGAUAUCAGCUCUGGCAACAAUGGCCUCCGUGACGCUGACUUCCUGGGGGCCAUGGAGUGCACCUUAGGACAGAUUGUCUCACAGAGGAAACUGACCAAAGCUCUACUCAAACAGGGAAACACUACUGGAAAGUCCUCUAUAACGGUGACAGCAGAGGAGUUGUCUGGUAAUGACGAUUAUGUUGAACUCUCCUUCAGUGCUCGUAAGCUAGACGACAAGGAUUUCUUCAGCAAGUCAGACCCUUUCCUGGAGAUUUUUAGAAUAAAUGAUGAUGGGACCGAGUCACUUGUACACAGAACUGAGACAGUCAUGAACAACCUGAGCCCAGUUUGGAAGUCCUUCAAAGUUUCCUUGAACACGCUCUGCAGUGGAGACCAUGAGAGGGAGCUAAAGUGCACGGUUUGGGACUGGGACUCUAAUGGAAAACAUGACUUUAUUGGGGAGUUUCAGACCACCUUUAAGGAGAUGAGGGCAGAGCAGGAGGGCAAGCAGAUCCAAUGGGAGUGCAUCAACCCGAAAUACCAGAUGAAGAAGAAGAAUUACAGAAACUCCGGUGUUGUCAUUCUCAACCACUGUAAGAUCAUCAAAAUGUAUUCCUUCCUGGAUUACAUAAUGGGAGGCUGUCAAAUUCAGUUCACAGUGGCAAUUGACUUCACAGCAUCCAAUGGGGAUCCUAGAAACAGCUGCUCCCUCCACUACAUCCACCCCUACCAGCCCAAUGAGUACCUCAAAGCUCUGGUGGCUGUAGGGGAGAUUUGCCAAGACUAUGACAGUGAUAAAAUGUUCCCUGCGUUUGGUUUUGGAGCUCUGAUACCGCCUGACUUCAAGGUUUCACACGACUUUGCCGUCAACUUUGAUGAGGACAAUCCUGAAUGUGCUGGGAUCCAAGGCGUGGUUGAGGCCUACCAGAAUUGCCUCCCUAAGAUCCAGCUGUACGGGCCCACCAACAUCGCCCCAAUCAUCCAGAAAGUGGCCUCGUCUGCCUCCGAGGAGAUGCACACCAAAGAGGCCAUGGAAUAUUUCAUCCUGCUGAUUCUGACAGACGGCGUCAUCACCGACAUGGCAGACACACGGGAGGCCAUCGUGCAUGCCUCCCACCUGCCCAUGUCGGUCAUCAUUGUCGGUGUGGGCAAUGCAGACUUCACAGACAUGCAGAUAUUGGACGGGGACGACGGGAUCCUGCGUUCACCCAAGGGCGAGCCCGUCCUCCGCGACAUCGUCCAGUUUGUCCCCUUCAAGGACUUCAAGCAUGCGUCCCCAGCUGCACUGGCUAAGAGUGUUUUGGCAGAAGUCCCUAACCAGGUGGUGGAUUACUACAACGCUAAAGGCAUCAAACCCAAGUGUAUGUCGGACUAUGAGUCCACAAGAACCUUUAGCCCCUGACAAUGGACUACAAUGCCCACAUACACUCAAAUACACACUCAUAUAUCAAAUACUGUACAUUUACAUACUGUAUAAUACAUAUAUACAUACUGUAUAAUACAUAUAUACAUGCAAAAGCACAAGCACACACCAACAUGUACACACAACAGUCAUAUAUACAGUAGUCUAGCUCAGAGAUUUAGCUCGUUCUGGUGAAUCAAUUUGAACUACCCCAUUGAUGACUGUUGCAUGUUUGGCCACAAUGGCAUCACCUGGGAAAUUAUUACUAUCUACUGUAUAUCUGAAAGACGUUUAUAGAAAUAAGAGCAGUCUCCUGAACCAGCAUGCAGACUCAGACUAUAGCACACCCAAAGAAAUGACACUUCUACCUUAUUUAGAUAACUAGCAAGUACGUAGGCCAAAAGAUGUGUGAAUAGGCCAGCCAAAACAUGUGACUGCAUAACCUAAAAUGCUUAGAAUUAGCAUUGCAAAUGGUAUUGAUGGGAAUGGUAAUGUCCCUGUUAGUGUACUGCAUAAAUGCAUGCAUAAUUCAGCUCCUGCUAAUAUCCAAUCUCCAAGUAGCUGCUUGCUAGUUAUAAAAUAAAGUAUCUCUGUCAUUUGAGUGACUUUCAGGGUUGUCUUGGGUGUUUUGGGUUCUUUUCUACAGAUUUGUUUGAGAUUUUGGAAAUGAGUAACUAAAUAAUUGUAAUAAUUUCUUAAUAACCUUCUUACAUUGUAAAGACUUUUGGGAGGAUAGCCAAGUGUGUGUGGUAGACACUCAUCUGUGAGCUGAAAACUGUUUUUUUUCUGUAUUCUGCAUGUUGAUUAUAAUAAAGACAUUUUGGUUUUCUCACUUUGUGUGAUCAUCUGCUGCUGUUUGUAUGUGUGUGUGUAUGCUUGUAUUAAUCAUAUUGUGAAUAAAUCUGCUCACACACUCA